AUGUACGUUACUCCGUUUGAAUUUCUGCUUAGUGGCAUGCUGCCGGUGUUCCUUGGUCCGGCAAUUACGAGAUGUCGUCUGUUCACAACCGUCCUGUGGGUAACGUUCGUUAUGUGGGAUACCAUCGGAGAUCACUCCGGUUACCACCUACCAUUUUUGAGUAGCUCUGAGGCUCACGACUAUCAUCACCAAAAUUUCAACCAGUGCUACGGAAAUUUUGGAUUGUACGAUCAUCUCCAUGGCGAUGAUCCAGACAUGCUGUACGUUUGGUACUUAUCCAUUUACACCUACGGACUGUUCUGGACCUUGGGAGGACUUUUCUUAACGAUGGACCUCACGAACCGGCCCAAGUUCAUGCGCAAGUACAAAACGCAACCAGGGACUCACGAACCGUUAGAAUGGGAACGCUUCAAGCAGCUCGUCAAAACGGUCGUCUUCAACCAGAUCCUUCUAGGCUUCCCAGUUACGUACGCCGCGUAUCACGGCGAUGAUCCAGACAUGCUGUACGUUUGGUACUUAUCCAUUUACACCUACGGACUGUACUGGACCUUGGGAGGACUUUUCUUAACGAUGGACCUCACGAACCGGCCCAAGUUCAUGCGCAAGUACAAAACGCAACCAGGGACCCACGAACCGUUAGAAUGGGAACGCUUCAAGCAGCUCGUCAAAACGGUCGUCUUCAACCAGAUCUUUCUAGGCUUCCCAGUUACGUACGCCGCGUAUCACGGUAGCAAAAUGUUCAUCACCAUGCCGGAUGUUCGCGUUGUGCCGUCGUUGGUUGAGUUUUUGCGCGAUAUGAUCAUCUGCAUUCUGGCGUGGGAAACAUCAGCCUACUACUCCCACCGGAUGUUCCAUAGUCGCCGCUUUUAUCAGCGAUUCCACAAACUGCACCACGAAUGGCGAGCGCCAGUGGCUGUGACAGGGAUGUACGUUACUCCGUUUGAAUUUCUGCUUAGUGGCAUGCUGCCGGUGUUCCUUGGUCCGGCAAUUACGAGAUGUCGUCUGUUCACAACCGUCCUGUGGGUAACGUUCGUUAUGUGGGAUACCAUCGGAGAUCACUCCGGUUACCACCUACCAUUUUUGAGUAGCUCUGAGGCUCACGACUAUCAUCACCAAAAUUUCAACCAGUGCUACGGAAAUUUUGGAUUGUACGAUCAUCUCCAUGGUACCAACGACGAGUUUCGGAAAAGAAAACAAUACCAAAGAGACCAUCGAAUUUUCAGCUUCAAAUCUGCCAGGGAGCUUGUACCGGACAAAUAG